AUGUCCAAUCUCAACCUGGGCUUCCGGCCACAAGAAUACAUAGGACCCUUGUGGGAGAUCACAGGAGUUUCCCCACAGGGCUCCCCCUGGCUGGGGGACAUUACUGAGAGCAGCAGGAACCAGAUACCCAACUCCCAGGAUCUGGAGAGUGGCAGUGGCCAAGGGCGGGCCAGGCUUAGUGCCAGGACAUAUUCGACAGCCAGCACAGGAGCAGCAGAUAUGCCACCACUACCACUGCUGUUGCUCUUCAUGCUCCUCCUCCUGGGACGAAGGGGGAGUGGCCUGGUCCCUGAGGCCCGUAUCGUGGGGGGCCAGGCUGCCAGGCCUGGUCAGUGGCCUUGGCAAGUGAGCCUUCGGGAGCACGGUGAGCAUGUGUGCGGAGGCAGCCUCGUGAACAAUCAGUGGGUACUGACUGCCGCCCACUGUGUGCCCAGGAAUCCGCGACAGCUCAUUGUCCAGCUGGGAGAGUGGUCCCUGUACACCAGGCCCCCAGGCUCCGUGGCUGUGGGUGUGGUCAGCGUGGCCUUCCACCCCUCCUACACUGGGGAUGCGCUCCAGGGCGCUGACGUGGCCCUGCUGAAGUUGGCACGGCCUGUGCGCUUCUCCCGCACCAUCAGACCCGUGCUGCUGGCCUGGCCCGGCUUCCGCUUGUCCCCAGGCACCCUCUGUUGGGUGACCGGCUGGGGGGACGUCAGGGAGAGCGAGGGACUGCCCAUGCCCCUGCAGCUGCAGGAAGUGGAUGUUCGGACCCUGAGCCUGCAGAUGUGCCAGGAGCAGUACGCACCCCUGCAGAUCACCGAGGAAAUGCUGUGUGCUGGCCCUGCCCAGGGCCAGAAGGGCUUCUGCGAGGGAGACUCCGGGGGCCCCCUGGUCUGCCAGCUCUGGAGCGGGCUGUGGCUGCAGGCAGGUGUGGUCAGCUUCAGCAAAGGCUGCGCAGAACCCGGCCUCGCGGGUGUCUACACCAGCGUUCCUGCCUACCAGCCCUGGAUCUGGAACCAAAUGUCCUUGCUCCGAGCCCCGUCCUGGGGCUGA